GGGCGCCUUCUCUCUUUUAUAGCUUUCCCAGCAUGCACGAGACAUCGAGGAACAGAGAGAGAGAGUUUAAUCUGAGGCUGGUGACUGAAAGAUGCAAGUCCUGCAGCAGAGCAGGUGAAAACCUGACAGACUGUGAGCCAAGACCCUGCGGGGGGAUUUCCAUGUUUAGACCCUGCUGACUGCUGAUUCCAGCCUCCUGAGAGACUAAGCAGACCCCCACCACAACCCCUUCUACCUCCACCACCUCCACCUCUCAGCUGCUUAACUAGAUUCAAGGGCAGCAACUGUAAUCAGGGCUACUUGCUUUUUUUCCUGCGCCUAACUCUCUCCUCACUUUAUGCCAAAAAAUCGGAAAUUUUAAUGUACUGGCGACAUCUGCUUAAUCGCACCAUGCAGAGGAGCCCCUGCCUGCCUCAUACAGAGGCUGAACAGCAUCGUGUGAGUGAGGGUGGCGUGUCUAACAGUUUCAAAGCCCUUGGAUGCCAGGAGCAGCUGGAUCCCAAGGACAGUCAGGUCUCUGAGGACCCCCAAGAAUACUGUUAUGGUGGGUACCACCCCAUCCAGAUAGGGGACACCUUCAACAGAAGAUACCAGGUGGUGUCCAAACUCGGCUGGGGUUAUUUCUCCACUGUAUGGCUCUGCCAGGACCUCAAGCUAGGUCGGCGUGUUGCUGUGAAGGUGUUGAAGAGUGGGGCUGGCUUCACCCAGGCUGGAGAGGAUGAACUGGCUCUCCUGCGAUGUGCCAGUGGUUCUGUGGGCCGUCAUCCCUUUGGCCAAAGGAUCGUUCGACUGCUAGAUGAGUUUAAGCUGGUUGGGGUAAAUGGGGUACACAUUUGCCUAGUGCUGGAGCUGCUGGGGCCUGACCUGAGAUGCUUGCAGCUCUGCUUUGGGAAUCCAGGACUGUUGCAGCCUUGGAUCAAACAAAUACUUAUCCAGGUCCUGCAGGGGCUGGACUACCUUCACUCUCAAUGUAAAAUCAUCCACGCAGACAUCAAGCCAGAAAACAUCCUUGUGUGUCUGGAAGAGCAGUCCCACAAAGCACCAGCAGGGGGCAGCAGCUCCUCCUCGUUACAGACUGGGAAGGAAGCCAGUUCACCAGAAAGCAAUCGGGUAAACCCGUACAGCUUAAAGGAAAUUGCAGUGAAGAUUGCUGACUUGGGGAGCUCCUGUUGGGUGUACAAACAUUUCUGUGAGGAGAUCCAGACCCGACAGUAUCGCUCACUAGAGGUUUUGCUGGGAUCUGAGUAUGGCCCACCUGCUGACAUCUGGAGUGUCGCAUGCAUGGCCUUUGAGUUGAUCACUGGAGACUCACUGUUUGAGCCCAGAGCCAGUGAGUCCAUUUCCCUGGAGGAAGAUCAUAUUGGCCAGAUAACGGAGCUGCUUGGCAAAAUCCCGGCCGCUGUUGCCUUGUCGGGUAAAUACUCUGCUGAGUACUUCAGCUGCAGAGGCGACCUGCGUCGUGUCGGUCUGCUGAGGUUCUGGAGCCUCUAUGAGGUUUUGGUGGAGAAAUACCACUUCCUGUUGGAGGAGGCCUCUGGGUUCUCUGACUUCCUACUUUCCAUGUUGAAUUAUCACCCAGAGAAGAGGGCCACUGCUGCACAGUGCCUCCGCCACCCUUGGUUGACUUCCUGUUAGCUUCUUGUUAGGCCUCUGCAGCCCUUAUAGACAGAUGCUUCAAGUUGCUGCUAGACUUUGUCGAUUUCAGGGCAUCUUUGUGUUUUCACAGCAUCUGAUGGGCUUCUUAUACAACAUUCAAAAAAGAAGAAUUUGAACUUCGCUACAAGAGCCCAGCAAAGCACAAUGAGCUUUUUCAACUUCCUUGUGAUUUUUUUUAAACAACCAUGAGAAGCUCAGCUCUGACGCUGCUAAUAAGUGUGAAGUUCUCAAUCUGUAACCAAGUGUGGAUUUAUUCUUUAGUCAUUUUGAAUAUGAUUUUCUAUCUGAGAAUGACUCAAACUGUAAUCAUUUGUUGAUCUUUUACAGUGCGUGUGCUCGUUUAGUUUAAGUUUUGUACAGUAAAGUGAAGCACUUUAAAGAACAAAGUGACAUUAGAAGGAGUGCAAAUCCAAGUCAAGCCUUUUUUGUUGUUGAUGUUUGUUUUACAUGAGCUCAAAUCAUCUGAUUAACCCUAAAUUAAUUCUGUAGCGACUUGUAAACCAGAAAAAUAUGGGUUUAGAUAUAACCCCCGCAGAGCCUGAUUACAACAUCCACACCACUGAGUCAGCCUAGAAUCACAUUAAGAGACUGAAAAAAAUUCCAAAACCAAAACAAUCUGAGAACUGUGUGCAAGUGCCAAAAGAACCAGUGCUGUGUAUGGUUCAUUUAAAAGUCCAAGCUAUCUGACAGUUUUGGUCAGAUCAUUUUGUCUUUCGUAUGUAAAAAGUUUACACGUAACUGGUUCUUAUACUUAAAUCUUCAGCAAGGACAAGUAAAGACUAACCUGACAAUGAUUUUCAAGAAAAGAAUCUCUCUACAGUAUUUCAAAAGAAGCAGGAUGUUUCUCUCGCUGAAGAAAAAAGUUUUAUAGAAAUAUGUGAGAGAAAAAAACGACUUCAGCUUCAUUGGUUCCUGACCUCAGUAAAUACAUCUUACUUAUUUAUUUUGUAAAUCAUGACAAGCAUUUGUGAGCAGAGGAACAAUGAAGCAGGAUGCGCUUCGAGGCUGGACUUCACAAAAAAGGGUCUUCCAAAAAGGUCACCAUGGCUGCCCCCAUCUUUCAUAUACAGUCUAUGCUAUUUUUCUUGGAUGGUGACUGUUAAUGUACCAGACGCUGCAUUUAUUGGGGUUGAGCUUCGUAUAAAAAGAACUUUCUGGCACUGCAAACAGCUGUCCAUUUCAAUAAGUCAUUUAGUACAAGUACAGUUCACUAGUGACCUUCUUCACAUGUGAAACACUUUGAGUCGAUACAUGUUCUCAGAGACAGGCGCAUUCAUUCAGCAUUCACCUGGUCAUCAGUGAC